GGACGCAGACGGUGUGGCUCCCGGAGGCCUGUGCGGGGCUGAGCUGCGCCCCUGCCGCCCCCCGGUCCUGACGUGGCCGAGCCUCCCCCGUCCCUGACGCUGCAGGGAGACUUGUCAUCAGCCGCACCCUUCUCCUCUUGGUGCUGACCCCGGUGCCACAGCUGCUGUGUCUGGCGUCCCAUUGUCUAGCAGUGACAGCCCUGGGCGCUAGAGCAGCCCGAGGUGUGGGCUGAGCCUGGGCUGGGGCAUCCCCUGUCCUUCCCCCUCAUCAGGAAGGUUUUUAUUGUGUUGGCUUGUGUGGACAGUGUCGUGAGCAGGGACGUGCAGCGUCUCUUCCCCACCGGAUUCGGGUCCUUCGCUGUAGUUUCGUUUCUGCUCCCAGUGCACCAGCCCGAUGGAUCUAUGUACAUCUUAUUCCAUCUUCAUAUCUUCGUGAAAGGAACUUGCAGCAGGACCGUGUGGAGAACUCCAUGAGUCAACUCCCCAGUCAAACUCUUGACACUGGAAAGCAGAAGAGAAGCUACAAGAAGAGGCCUGUCACUUACAGCCACAGGAGAUGGUCCCAGCGGUGUAGAGCAAGAAAACACAAGGCACCAGUGAAGGGGUUGGUGUCAUUUGAGGAUGUCUCUGUGGAUUUCACCUGGGAGGAGUGGCAGGACCUGGAUGAUGCUCAGAGGAAGCUCUACAGGGAUGUGAUGCUGGAGACCUACAGCAGCCUGGAGUCCUUGGGUCACUGCAUUACCAAACCUGAGGUGAUCUUUAAGUUGGAGCAAGGAAUUGGGCCGUGGAGAGUAGAAGAAGUCCCAGAGCAGAGUCGGCCAGAUAUCCAGAAAGUAAAUGAACUGGUUGAAACCAGUCAGGACAAUCAAGAGAGACAUUUGUGGCACCUUGUAAUUACCAACAGCAACACGUCGACUAAGGAGAAUGUUAAAUUAGGAAAAAUAUUUAAUGUGAGCUCAAAGAAUGUUUCAAAUAUGACUGUAAAGAAUGGAAAUUCUUCAGGAAUGAGACCUGCAGCACUUAAUGUAUGGCAGAAUGGGCUUCCCCCUAAUGAGCCUGAUAACAUGCAGACUGGAAAGGAACUUGAUGGCUCCCUAACUAGCAAGCCCCCCAUACAUGCACAGCAUCAUAGGUUGUAUAACAGCGCUCCAAGUACUCGAGAGCAUUUUCAAUGUUGUAGGCAAGAAGCAGCCUGCAAUACAAAGGCAUUAUGGACAAGUAAGAGGUUCCACAUUGCACCUAGUUCCAGUGAAGUUGGUGAGUCUGGGAAAACAUCUGAUGAGGUAGCUCUUAAUGCACAAGAGAUGACUUGGGUAAGGGAACCAACGUGGGAAUGUAAUAUUUGUAAGAAAACAUUCUGUUCAAAGUUCAAGCUCACAAAACAUAAGAAAACACACAAAGUACAGAAAUAUUACAAGUGUAGUGAUUGUGAGAAAACCUUCAUUAAGAAAUCAUACCACAAAAAACAGAGAAUACAUGCAGGAGUCAGAUCCUCCAGAUGCAGACAAUGUAAGAAAUUUUUUCAUCAGAAAAAACAGCAAAAUGUACGUCAGAGAGUCCCCAGAGGAACAAAGCUGUAUGAAAUGUAUCAAUCUGAAAAAAGCUUUAACGAGAAGCCAAAGCUCAGGAGAUUUCAGAGAACAGGUUAUAAACCCUAUGGAUGCCAUAUGUGUGGGAAAUCAUUUUACCGGAAGUCACACCUCAACAGGCAUCAGAGAAUUCACACAGGUGAGAAACCCUAUGGAUGUAAAGAAUGUAAGAAAACUUUCUACCAUAAGUCAUCGCUCACCAUACAUCAGCGAACUCACACAGGUGAGAAGCCCUAUGGAUGUAAAAAAUGUAGGAAAACUUUCUACUGUAAGUCAGACCUGAAUGUACACCACAGAACUCACACAGGUGAGAAACCAUAUGAAUGUGAUGAGUGUGCAAAAACUUUCUACUCUAAGUCACACCUCAUUAUCCAUCAGAAAAUUCACACAGGUGACAAACCAUAUGAAUGUGAAGAAUGUCAGAAAACAUUCAAUCGUAAAUCAAACCUCACUGUACAUCAGAAAACACACACAGGUGAGAAACCUUAUGAAUGUGGUGUAUGUGGAAAAACUUUUCACCGGAAGUCACACCUCAGCAUGCAUCAGGGAACUCACACUGGUGAGAAGCCCUAUGAAUGUAAAGAAUGUGGGAAGGCUUUCUACCAGAAGUCCAGUCUCAGCAGGCAUCAGAGAAAUCAUACAGGCGAUAGACCAUACUCCUGUGAAGAAUGUAGGAAGACAUUCCUUCAUAAGUCAUCUCUCACCGUGCAUCAAAGGAGCCACACAGGUUACAAACCAUACUCCUGUGAAGAGUGUAGGAAGACAUUUUACAGUAAGUCACAUCUCACUGUCCAUCAGAGAACUCACACAGGUGAGAAGCCCUAUGAAUGUAAGAUAUGUAAAAAGGCUUUUCACCAGAAAUCAUACCUGAACAGGCACCAGAUAACUCAUGAAAGUGAGAAACGGUUUGAAUGUCAAGAAUGUAGGAAGACAUUCUAUCACAAGUCAUCCCUCACUGUGCAUCAGAAAAUCCACCUGAGGGAAUGCCUAUGAGUGUGAUGGGGAAAGCCCUUUCAGCAGAAACUAGCAGCAGGCAUCAGACAACUCACACACAGGAGAUACUCUAAAAAUGUGAUGAUUGAGGACAAUGUUUGUGAGAAGGCCACCUUAGCAAGCAUUACAUUUUUAUAGAAACUUCUGUGUGGCACAAGUUGGCUGUCUUUGGAACACAGUCUCUGUUAUGUAGUCUGUCUGACUAUGUAACAGGCCCACAGAAAAAUGUGCAUAUAUAUGAUGAUCAUUGUUUCUACCAGGCCCACAGAAAUGCUGUAAGUUUUUUUUUUUUUCUCCCUGAGUUUACAUGAGUUCUGGGCCUGAAGUGAAUGUGACCUGCAAGAUGGCCUUGACAUCCAUUGUCAGAGAGUCAACAAUUUAAGAGACGCAUAACUGAUUGGAGAGAGCAGAGAGGCUCUCAUUUUUAUCCCCAAAUACUCUUAGUUUAGUUGAGGAAUACUUUCUCAAAUCUUUGUGCAUGAUGUUUUGAAAAGAAUGCAAAUCUCCAUAACUAAUUCACUUAAUGAAGUUUUUGAGAGAACUUACAUGCUCUUUAAUAUUUCAAAAUUUGUACACAAGGGAAACCUCCAUAGCAAAUUGAGAAUACUUUAUUAGAAAAGUUUUGUUGAACAGUUUGAAUAAAUUAAAUGUUGAUAAUGUGUGAAACUUUGAACAAAACUUAAAUGUCAGAAGUUUGUAAUGAAGGAAAACCAGUCUUUGUAAUUUUAAUACUAACUUUCAAAUGGAGGCAUACAUGUGCCAAUAAAUAAUAUGAGUGAUGUUA